GUUGACACUUGCGUCUUGACAAUGACAACAAAUGGGAAGUUUGUUUUUAGUUUGUUUUUGUCGUUUUAAUUCAUUGUUUUCAUUUUAAUUUAGUUCAUUUUGCUUUUAAUACAGUUGUGAACACCUACAUUAAGUGCUAGUUGACUCUCACUUGAUGUCAUUAUGUAAAAAAACUAUACGUGAAAGAUUUUCCUACUAAUUUGGAAUACGAAGAAAAGGAUAAUGGUGGAGGAAGACUGCAUCAGCCAGUUCUUCCACGACAAUGAAAAUUUAAAUUCAAAAAGCCCCCUGCGCUUUACUGGGUCACCAUCAAAAAGUUUAGACUCCUCGCAGGAUGUAAGCCAGCAGUCCAUCGACGAUAUGUUAAGUCUUUCACAUUUGACUUUAGAAGAAUACGAACCUAUACAUAUACAGCCUUUCUAUAAUAUCACACCAAGAGCAAUGCCGCUGUCACCUCACUACAUAUUAGAAGAAGAAUUCGCUAGCAACCCCUGGGCGAUGCUAAUAGCAACAAUAUUCUUAAACAAAACAACAGGAAAGCUGGCCAGACCACAUAUGAAGAGAUUUUUUGAAGAAUAUCCCACCCCGUAUCACGUUUUAAACGAAAGACCAACGCUCUUGGAGCGAUUUUUCGACACUCUUGGUUUAAAGAAAAGAGGCAACAUGAUUUGGAAGCUCAGCUAUCAAUUUGUCUCUUCUAAGUGGUCUCGGGCUAGUGACUUAUACGGCAUAGGAAAAUACGGCGAGGAUGCGUACAGAAUUUUUUGUCUUGGCCACACGGAUUUAGAUCCAACAGAUAGAUACUUAAAGCUUUAUUUAGAUUGGCUAAGAAGUCAAACUGAAUUCGCAGAGGAAAAUGGAGCGACAGAUAGCGAAUUUAUUAUCGAAGAUCCUGUUUUGAAGUAUUAUCGAAUUACGCUGAGAAACGGUGAAAAUUAGUUUUGGCAGCUUGUUGGUGAUGUGGAAGUGGUUCGCAUGACCAUAAUUAACAAUAUAAAAGCAAAUUCAGGUAAUAAGGUGAUUUCAUCUUUACCAUGAAAUCUGAUGCACCGUAGAUAAAUGUAUAAUAUGCACUUGAAUAUUAUGUGAAGGAAGUGUCUACAUUGGUUGUAAAAAGGUACCUGAACUGUAAGUUUGAAUGAGUGGUUGUAUAUCUAGUCUGCCAGAGAAAGGUAGGCCAUGCAAUAGCACUAGGAAAAUACGGAAACUAAAUAUAGUUUCCGUAUUUUUCUAGUCUGCAACUCGCCUUUUUUUAGUUAUUACAGUAUUUCAAUAGGCUUAAGUCUUCGAUGCAUAAAUUAAAGUUGGAGCAGCACCAGACUGUGUUACUUACGAGUUUGUUGCAAUCGAGAAGUUUUUUCUUGUUUUGUUUGAUCACAACAGUUGGUUACUUUAGGCCAAAACUGAGUACCUUAUAUUUAAGUAAAUUAUAAAACGGGUAUUGAUGAUUUGCAAUCUUAAUUUGGAUAAAGCCUUUUUCUAUAGCUACUUAAAAGACGGAAAUGAUAAAAUUUAUACUAAUAUAUGAAGCUUAAGUGUUUGUUUGUUUGAACUACUAAACCGAUUUUGAAAUUGUUUUCACUAAUAGGAAACUAUAUUACUUCUGAAUGUUAUAGACUACGUUUUAUCCUGGGAAAAUAUAAAGCGGGACUUUUAUGUCGAUAAAACUUAUUUUUCAAGGCAAAAUGUAUUCUCUUAAUUCCAUUGGUUUGGUAUUUUUUUCGCCUUUAUCAUGUAGUUGCCAAGCCAGAAAUAGCCAAGCUAUUUAAUAAAUUUAAUCUGUAAAUAUUUGACUGUAUAAGUUUAAUGAUGUAUAAAUAAUGAACAUAUCAACAUAUUUUAUUCUGUAAAUCGAAUCUUAUGUAACAUAUUAUAAUAUUA